AUGCUGCCCAUCUGGCAUUCCGGGCCACCUUCUCCGCCCGUCACGAACACGCAUGACUUCAACAUGUGGCAGGACUACUUGAACCUGUCAAAGCUUCUUGGUGAAAUUAUUGAGGAGCGCAGAAGGGAAUCCAGGAGCCUCCUAACCUGUCAGAUGGCAGAUCCCUGCCUGCCAGGGACACCCCUUCAAAUCAGAUUCAUAUGCAACUUCUGCAAGCACAACGGGGAAUCCAAGAAGGUCUACUCCUCCCACUUGCUGAAGCAAGCCGACGGCACCGUGCUGUGCCCCAUCCUGCGCAACUACGUCUGCCCGCUCUGCGGGGCUACAGGAGACCAGGCUCACACGCUGAAAUACUGCCCGUGCAAUCAAGAAAAGCAGUCCCUCUACUGCAAAGGCGGGCGUAACUCAGCUGGUUUCAUCGUGAGACGGUGA